GACAAUGUGAACACAGAAUUUAACAAUGCAUAUAAACUAUCUACAUCUUUAAUAUAUUCCAUGCUAAAUCACCCAAAUAGAUUAACAUUCAGAAAAGAAAAGAAAGGCGAACAAUGGCAGAGUUUUGGGGAGACCAGAUCCGGAUCCGAUCGGAGAUACCCCACCCACGGGAUAGUUCUAUGAUCAUCACCCUCACUACUUUCCCAUCGUCUUUCUGUUUGGGAGGUUACCUAAAGGCGAGAACAAUGAGAGUAUGCUGCCCAAGCUUCCCUCUUCCUCUCUGUUUUUCCACUUCCAGCAACCCUCCAAAAAUCCCGUCGAAGAAGCCCUCUUCAAGAUAAUCGAAGUCCUUCCCGCUUCCGCGGCCGCGAGCAGUUCCACAAACAAAUUGCUGGAAAAUCGCCCAAGGAGCAGACAGAAAAACCGCCGACAAAUUGCUGGAAAUCGUCUCUCUCUUCUGCCCAAAACAGAAAAAUUAAGUGGAGGUGAAGGUGAAGUAAUCGGUGAUGAGGGUUGGUCAGUCAGUGGAGAUCGCAAAUGGCUGAGUUAGGAUGGGAACAUGGUGUCUGGUUCAGAGGAGAAUCGAAGAUGAAGAAGGAUCGAGUCUUUUUUAGUCUGUGCCCCCUUACGCCAGA